AUGCCCUGUCUACUACUACUCUGGGCAUGCACUGUCGCGCUCGCGCUCUGUCGAACCGCCAGCGGAGACUAUGUCUCGACCGACUACGAUACCUACAAUGAUGGCUCGCUUGGCCAUAGACCGCAUUUAGAAUAUCACUCCAGCCGCGAAUUUUCCCCGAUCCUGCAAGCCAACAUAUGGGAUCGGGAUUAUAUCUCCCCGUCGGGUUCCCAUAUCUUUCUUCGACACGAUGGCAAUGACACCUCGCCACUCUCAUCUCCGCUCAUCCUCGACGCCAGCGACCUGAGCGCGGUGUUCAUGAACCGCACCUUCAAAAAUGUCUUCGGUACUCGCAUCCAGGAGAACUUCGGAAAGAAAUACUUGACCUUUUGGGAAGGAGAGAAGGGCAAUGGGAUUGGAGAUGGUUAUGGGCUUGCCUACGAUGAGAACUACCGCUUGGCCUAUAAAGUGUGGGCACAGAACAUCCAAGUGCACAGUGACCUGCAUGAGUUCGCAUUCACGGGUAAUGGAUCUGCUCUAGUUACAGGUGUGAAUAUGCUCCGACUGCGCGGGUCUGACUACAGGGAAGAUUGGAAUCUACCUCACCGGUUUGAUGUCCUGGACGCUAUUUUACAGGAAAUUGACCUGGAAACGAACGAAGUGAUCUUUGAUUGGCGCGCUCUGGAUCAUAUCAACCCUAUGGAAUCAUCCGAGCCGAGAGGUAGCGGCUGGGAUGCAUACCACAUGAAUAGUAUUGAAAAGACACAAGCUGGCAAUUAUCUCGUCUCGAUCCGUCAUAUUCAUUCCAUAUUGCUCAUCAACGGGAAGACGGGUGAUAUCAUCUGGACCCUGGGCGGCGUGCAUAAUGACUUUGUCGAACUACCCCCAGCGGAAGGCCUCGAGGACAGUCAGCCCUUGUUGUCUAUGCGCUGGCAACACCAUGCGCGUUUCGUGCCCGGAACCAACGAGACCCAGAUGACAUUCUUCGACAAUCACGUCAAAAUCACCUCACAUGAAGAGUGCAUAUCGGACUGUUCGCGUGGUCUUCACAUUGCUAUAAAUGAUGCAGCCUCGCCUCCGACGGUCCAGCUUUUGCAAGAAUUUCAUCACCCAUCGCGGCUUCAGGCCCAGAGCCAGGGGAGUGUGCAACCUCUCUCGCCUACUGCCGAUGACAUCGGGAAUGUCUUCAUUGGCUGGGGCCGAUGUCCCACAUUUACUGAACAUAACUCUUCGGGGGCCGUGGUCAUGGACGUGCAGUUCUCUCCCUGGCACAGUCUUGAAAUCCCCGAUGCGCUCGACAACUACCGCGCCUAUAAAAUGAACUGGUCCGCAACACCAUGGUGGCCACCAGCUAUCGCACCGAGGCAGAACACAGACGGUGACUUAGUAGUCUACGUUAGUUGGAACGGUGCGACGGAAGUGGCGGAGUGGAUUGUUCGGGGGGCAGUCGGCUAUAAAGCCCACAAUAUAGGAAGCGUUCUGGCAAAGUCUCGGCGAACAGGCUUUGAAACAAAAUUGACCAUUGGACAGACGGUGUGGCGGUAUUUGUGGGCAGAAGCUGUGGAUAGCCAUGGAAACGUCCUCGGCGUCACCGAAAUCGUUGAUCUGGAUACCACAGAGCUGUCAGUCGCUUCAGACUUGUAUAAUACAUCUGAAACGGCAAUUUCUCCGCUGGAGAGGAAACCUAGCAAGGCGUCAGCUUCUAAGCUCUCGUCAACCCAAAUAGCCCUGCUGGCUACUGGGCUUGGUGUACUUGUUCUGGGAAUAAUCGCUGCAGGCAUUAUCACAUGGCGCCGCCGCAGUGACUAUAAUCACUUGGACGCGGAGGAUUUCGAUCUUGGGCUAGAUGAGGAUGAUCACAGCGAUAACGAAGGCGAUGACACCGACUCAUAUAGCGCUGAUCUAAAUCCGCAUAUAAGAGGACACGAGGAGGACAGCCAUGCCCUUCUCCCAAGGCAAGGAGAAAAAGGAUAA